GUUGUCAUUUCAAUGAUUGAUGUUGUUUUGAGAUUGUGAUGCUUUAAAAUGUAAGAUUUUAUUUUAGAUAACUGAAUCAAGAUGCCAGCCUGUGCUGUAGCUACAUGUAAGGUCUGGAGUGGAGGUUGGUCGAACAAGAAAGCUGAAGCCUCAUUUUUUAGAUUUCCAAAGAAUCCCGAAGUCCAGGCUGCGUGGGUGCACAUUGACAUAGGUGUUACCGCCAAGAUCAAUUCAAUGUAAAAAAAAACGCUGUUGUGUGCUCUGAACACUUUGUUGAGACUGACUAUGAUCCAUCAUAUCUAGUCAAGAGAACUCUGAUGCCAAAUGUGAAGCCUUCACUGAAACCAGAUGCCAUCCCUUCAAGGAACCUACCCUCAGCCUCAUCACUGUCAAGGCCAGGAGAUGACACCAGGGGAGGCCGACUCGAGCAGAGGAAGGAGAGGGUGGUGGUAAAACAGCUUCUUGAACAAGGGCCUGGACAGAUGGAGAUCAGUGGCAGCGACAGCAGCUUCGCGAUCCAGCCGACGAGGAGGCUGCCGAGCAGCACGAGCAAUGGGAGGCCGCCUACCAGUCGGCGAUGGGCCAGCCGCCUCUGCCACCCGCCCCUCCUGCUCACGAGGACAACAGUCCGGACACAGAAGAGGCCGGGCCAUCCAAUACUCGACCGCGGACCGCUGAACUCGGCGUCAACCGCGAGGCGCUCGCGUUCGUGGCCGGCUAUGUGGCAUUCAAAUGCCGGCAGAUCCGCGGCGACCUCGGCCAACCGACCUCGUCUUCUCUGGCGCCAGCGUCCGUACCGAGCCGCUGGCUGGAGACAAUCAGCCGCGGCAGCCUGUACGUCCCCAGCCAGUGGUGGAUGGGCGUGGUGGAAGAUUUCAACGACACGUUCAGUGACGUGAUGGGGCCGACCGCGGUCAAGACGCCUGGCAUCGUGAAGCGCCUGACAGGCUGCGUGCUCGCCCGAGCUCCAGGGCUGGACGAGCGAAUCGCCAGGAAGCUGGCAAGCACGCGGCUGCACCUGCGACUCCGCUGGCUCAACACCGCUCGAGCAGCAGCUGAAGCGGAAAAGUACCAGCUGAGGAAGCUAGCCCAACACGCGAAGAGCAAGCGGUAGUCGGUGCGCUCACCUCCUACGCAGACGAGGCCGUCGGUCGGCACGUUGCCUUCGGACAUUAUAGGAUGUGCAAUGUGCAUACUUCUGUUUGGACAGAGCGGCGGCGCCUGGCCGCCUGCCAACCUGUGACCCCGCCAGUUGGCCGGCUGACAUUGGCCGGAUGGGGCCGGUCGGUGCGCUCCUCGUGUGUGCGGCCGGUGUGGUGGCGCGACGGGUGAUUCUCGACGGGUGAUGGGCGAGUGAGACGGGUGAUGGGCGAGUGUUGAAUGAUUGAGUCGCGUGACUCGGAGCCGGUCGGGGUGAGUGACUCUGAGACGGUGGGGUGGUUGCUGCGGUCGCUGUCUCGCCCCGCCGUGCCGAGCAGCGGCACGCCGAGGACGAGAGUUCCAGCCGAGUGAUAUCGGAGUCAGCCGCGGCCGUGCGCUGCUUCAACAGCCUACCUAGUUCGACAUCUGGUACUGGCUCCGGUGGGGGGUCGUAAGUGUAACGGUGGCAGGACCUCUAGUGACAGUCACUCAGCUGAUGACUCUGCUCACCUAGAUGUUUCUCGGAUCAGCGAGGGCAUGGACUCAAGUGCGGCCGUCUCUGGAGGUUCAGUGAACCGCCGACAGACGGGGCUGGACAGACCUCGCUGCUGGACUGUGCGCGGGAGUCGGUGGUCCAGCUGGUGUACCUGUCUCCACCGUUGCGGAAGGAGGGUGUACACAGUAGCGGUGGAGGCGGCGCUGGAGGUUCAGUCAGCGGUGCCGACCGGGUAGCUGGGCAGGCGACUACCGAGAGAGAUGCCCGGUCCUGUCGGCCUCUCCACCGGACGGACGGCACACGGGCGGGAGAUCUACUGGACGAGUUCGGCUGAGUCCGCCCCUGCCGGUGCCACGCCACAGGGCGGCUAACCCGCGGCGGGUCUAGUGAACUGGGGAGGAGGGGGAGUGGCAGUGAGUCGCAGAGGGAAGGGGCGAUGGUGGUGACACCCUGACAUUCUAAUGUUCAACCUACUGGACGCUCAGUGCCAUUGCCAGAGCCAGAUAGUACAGGGAACGGGUCGGGCCGGCCCUGAUGUCGCCAGGGCCGGGAACCGGUUAAGAAGGGACGGGACGGUGUGUCUGGAGAGGGUUUCUCAUCUGAUCAGGUGAUGAGCUUGGGAGGUUCGGAUGUGACUCGUGUGUCCAGCCAGGUGGACAUUACAUAGAGAUUGUUAUUAGAGAUGAGUAGUUUCUUACAGAUGUUGUCUCUGCUGUGAACACGGUGAACUGUUUCACACUACGGUUUGUGAUACUGAAAGCUGUGAAAU